UCAUUUCUGUUAUUCUCUAGGACAGUGCUUUUCAUAGACAUAGAUAGAUGUUUUGGUCCAUCUUUUUUCCCCUCAUGUUCACAUGACGGCAGUUAGGAUCCUGGAUGGCUGGCAGAGGAUAGAUGGGCGGGUUUUGUGCUAUUCUGGAAAUCAUUUUGCGUAGCGCAUCUGUAUCAGCGAAAAACAGCGCUGUGACGUGUGGGCUCCCGAGAUGUGUCAGGCAAAUACAGCGAUUUAUCCUCACACUGUAUAGUUUAUCUACCCGGUGCUUGUUCAACCUAUUGAAGGACAUCAGGACACCCUCAGCGGACAUCUUCCUUAGAUUGAAAACAAUGGGUGGACAUUGCUUGUGCUGCUCAGGACUGCACUAUUAGCCUCCAUAAAUAACCCAUUAGUAGCUUAAGAGUCAAAGAGUUUACUGGGUCAGGUGAGAGCAUGGCACAGGUAGAGGAGCCUCAAACGGAAGGAGAGGGCAGCCCCCAGAUGAUCUCUUUAAGGUCAGACGUAUCAGGGAACCAUGUGGACGACGGAGAAGUGGGACCCUCCAUAAGGAGGAAGAGGAGGAAGAAGAAAGACCCACGUCCAGAGUCCAUUAUUGUGUACCGCUCUGAAAUGGAGAGGGCGCCUGGAGAGGACCAAGGUGGUGAGGAGGGAGCAGAAAGGAGCGCAGAGGAGGGAGCUAAAUUCCUCUCUACACCUACAGGCGAAGGAGGAGGCUGGAGCCUUCCUCCAGAUAGCCGCUAUGUAACCCUGACUGGCACUAUCACGCGUGGGAAGAAAAAGGGUCAGGUGGUGGAUAUUCACCUCACUUUGACAGAGAAGGAACUCAGGGAUCUGGCUAAGUCAAGGGAACGUCUUGACGCCGAGUGUGAGGCAGGGGAAGGCUCUAAACACACCUGCAGCUUAGGUGUGUGCGAGGGACCCCAUGUCGUCCUGUGGAGCAUCUCCUGUGCCCCUGUGGUUUUCCUCCUCUCCUUCAUCACCUCCUUCUACUAUGGCACUCUCACCUGGUACAAUGUCUUCCUGGUGUACAAUGAGGAGCGGACGUUCUGGCACAAGAUUACAAUAUGUCCCUUUCUCAUCAUCUUCUACCCCAUGCUCAUCAUGCCCAUGGCACUGUCUCUGGCUCUGUACUCCGCUGUGGUUCAGGUGUCCUGGGCAUUAAGUGAGUGGUGGCAGGCUGUGAGAGACCUGGAGAAAGGCUUCUGCGGCUGGGCCUGUGGGAAGCUGGGAUUGGAGGACUGUUCCCCAUAUAGCAUAGUAGAGCUGCUUGACUCUGAUACUGUUUCUGGCACUCUGCAGAGCAAGGCCCCCAGUGAACUCGCCCAGACAUCAUCAGUGUGAAGUGGGGGGGGGAUGCACAGUGAUUCACCUAAGUGGUUAUGUUUGUCCAUUUUAUUUAUUUAUUUUUUUUUACAUGUUAUGGUUGUUAAAGUUAUCCUCCAAUCACUGAAUCCUUAUUCAAAUACCUUUUGAUACAUGUGGGCUUUGGUUCCUCCCGUAGUAACGUUUAGGUAAACCAGCUGUGGACACUGAUACACACAUAGUUGGAGGCCUGGAAGUUAAACCAAGUUUCACUUUUGUCUGUAAAUAUCUGUAAUUAAGUGGAUGUGAUCACUGUGCUGUGCACGGACACAAAAAACAGCAUUCAUUUCAAAUGCAACACUGUCUUGUAUGACUGUGCAGCCAUCACAAUCACUCAGUGAAGUUGUUUUUGAAGCAAGGCUGGAUUACCAGUUGGAAAAAGUGGAAGGAGUUACUUUGUGGAAAUAUACUUGAUUACUAAUUUGAUGAAUAUGCUCCACUGACUAAAACAAUAAGCACCUUUAGAUGGGUACAACGUUUUGUAACAGGAUUCAGUGUCAGCAUCUACUUUAGUUUUUAAAGGAUAAAGCUGAUGUCCUUCAUAUUUAUCCUACUGUCAACAAAUUCCAUGAAAAGACCAAAACCGCUAAUGUAAUGUAUCAGUCCUACUCUCCAAGCCCACUAGUUCCUACUGAAGAUGUAAAUCUUUCAAAAAUAGGCCACAGAUAUAUAGUUUAAGGCUUAAAAGUUAUGGCCACUGUAGUUUUAAGCAAAUGUUUAACAGGGGUAAAUAGUACAUUUGUGGGGACUAUUUUCAGUUGGGGAUUAAUGCACAUUUAGUGCUCCAGUGAGUAUUUUUCAGCAUGUAUGUGGGAUUGAUUCAAAAUAAAUUACAGUGUACGUGUUCAUAGUAAAGGAACAUGUCAUGAUGUGUCACGAUGUGGCUCGGAAGAGUAAGUUACUUCAGGCUUUGGAUACAUAGGAAAUGAUUUAUGAAUUAAGAAUGAUUUAAGAAUUAUUGUGAGCCAGGUUCAGGUGUGAUGAAGAAGUUUCGGAGACUGAUGAAGACUUUACAUGGUUUAUUGAGCCUGGCUGAGGAGAUAUAGUGCCGGCAUACAACAUGUGAAAACAUCAAAUUCCAACACCAAAUCUCAGGAUAACAUCUUUUGGUCACUUUUAUGUUUCUGUCUUCCCCCUAGUGCCUGUAGGUCAUCUUUAACUGGCCUUAACCUAGAACAACAAAUCUAUGUGAUGUUUAUUCUCCAAUGCUACAUCAUAUUGGAAUCUAUUACUACCCAUGAGUUGUACUCUAAUCUGUGGAGCCAGUGAGUUCUUGUAAACAUUGUAAGACUCAACCUUGCCAGAUUCCCAAGAGAACACGAUAUCUGCUAGCCUGAUGCCUGAGCUGCUGUCUCUACCUCAUCAGUCUAACGGUCGUCUCCCUAACAAGGACAGUUACACGAGAGAAAUAACUAGAGCUGGAAGGUCAGUGAACACUUGUGAGGUCAGCUAAUGACUGCAAGCUAGACCUGCCUUACCUUUCCCUGUUUCAUCAUCAAGUAAGCCCCCUAAGCAAUAUCUUUAACAGGAAAUACUUGUUAGAGGUAUUAAUCCACUAUUGAUUUCAGUCUUUUUAUGGGUUUUGCUAAAAAUUACAAACAUAUAGAAUAUUAACAGCCUUAUUCUUUUAAUACCUGUAUUCUUUCAUGUGAUAUAGUGUUUAAAUGGUGCAUAUUCCCUAAAAUAUUUGUAUUUCAUCAAAAAGUACCCAGGAAAUGAGUACUUUUUGGUUUUUGGGCUUCGAGCUAAUUAUAAUUAAGCUUCCAUGUGUAAACUGCAGUGUGCUUUCUACUUGAUGUACUUGUACAGCAGGUACAGAGAACAUAAACCACGUAUAAAGGGACGAAGGAGGAGGGAUCGGGGCCUAUGGCUUAUUUUCUUCGCCAGGACCCCCUGGCAGGUUGAUCCAGUCAUGAUGUGAAGCCAUAGUGAGGACAAGCUGACAAAUCAGACAUUUUUUUCAAUGUCACAUACUAACAUACUAUUAAGGCACCAUCAACACAGAGGUGUGUGAUGUUACACUCUUUAGCUCUGCUUGUGUUGUCUUCACAAUUUUGGUUCACACGAGUAAACUGAGGUUGCCAGUAAUUUUCCAUCAGAGAGCUCCUACUACAUUUCCAUAUGGUUUAUGUUGAUUUAAUUUAUUUUAAAUAUUUAUGUCUAGUUCAUUGCCUGAAAUGUUUGUAGCUAGGGGUUUUACACUCUGGCACUUGAAGUAAAUGUAUUGUAAACAGCUAUCAUUAACUGAUUGAAAUACAUGGCGGAUUGGGGAUGGUUUAAAUAUUUGGUGAUUUAAAUGUUUAUCAUUUGCCCUGGCUCGGUAAAACUAAUGCAUUUUGUUCCAUACAGAUGCAGACAUGAAUAAGUGGUUGUGGAUUGAGUCUGUUUUCCACAUUACCUGUUGUGAAACCUCAGGAUUCAUAGUAAAGACUCACACAGAUGAAAAACCGUGUUAAAUCAUUACAUCGUCUAUAUUGUGGAAGAGGAACAGCAUCCUAUUUCGUGUUAUUAAAAGAGCAAUGCACAGCG